AUGACAAUAUUAAAUUAUUAAAUAUUAAUUUCAUAUUAUAUUUAAUUGCUAUAAAUAUUUAUUUAUAAAUUAUAUUUUUUAGGUAAGAUACAGGUUUAAGUGCGGGUGGUUGAAGUGGAGAGAAGCGUCUGGUGUCUUAUGCGAUAAAAGAAUUCCAAUGAGGCUAAAAGGUAAAUUCUUCAAGACUAUAGUGAGACCAGAUAUGAUGUAUAAUUCAGAGUGUUGGACGGUUGAUAAGAGAGUAGAGCAGAGAAUUAGUGUAGCAGAGAUGAGAAUGCUCAAAAUGAAUGAAUGGAGUGACUAGAGAAGAUAGGAUAAGAAAUGAGCAUAUAAGAGGGAGUAUAGGUGUAGCGUCAAUUGUGAUUAAGAUGACAGAAAAUAGACUUAGAUGGUUUGGUCAUAUUAUGAGAAGAGAAGAAUUGGAAGCCGUAAGAACAGUGGUAAAAAUGAAUGUUGAAGGAAGAAGAGGUGUAGAGGAAGACCAAAAUAAAGAUGGAGAGAUGUUAUUGAAAGCGAUAUGAGAACAGCUGAUGUGAGCGUAGAGGAAGUGGGAGAUCGUAUCAAGUGGAAGUUUAGGAUAAGGGUAGCCGACCCCAAGUAGUUGCGAUUAAGGCGAGGAAGAAGAAGAGGAAUAAAUUAUAUUUUUAAAUCUAAGAACAACUAAUCAGGAUAUAAUUAAGGAAAUAAGAGUUGAUGUUGCUUUUGUAAUUAUCCACCAAUUUCUUAGAAUUAAACAUUAUCUACAGAUUUGCAUCGAAGCGUUUCUUAUGAUAGUGAUUUUAAUUAUUAUCAGAUAUCAUCUUUACUUAUCCCAACUUUCAUAUGUUCAUACUGUGCCACUUUUUUUUAAAAUAAUUGAGGAAAGUGGGUUUAAGUGAUUUAUGUAAAUUAAACAAAAUUUUAUAAUUUUCUCACGAUAUUUAUUUUUCUUGUGUUUUUGUAUUUAUGUUUGUAUCACUAGUUUUUCUUUAACUUGGCUUAAAUAACAAUGAGUUUAUUAUUAUUGAAUUAUUAAUUUAUUUUUAUUUGCAAAUAAUUUUAUCAAAUUGAUAGGUGUAUCUAAGAGAAAACAAAUUUUCUGUAUCAAUAAAAAAAUAUUUAAAAACUUUUUCCAAACCAACUUCCUAUAAUUUGUAUUAAUGGUUGACGUUUCUAGUAAUAUGUCUGCUCCGUAUAGACCGAUAGAAUCACGUCGUGAAGAGUUUCAAGAAUAUUUAGAACGUUCUGGAGUUCUCGAUACAAUAACCAAAGUUUUUCUCAUGCUGUAUGAAGAACCAGAAAGACCAGAUAAUCCAAUUGAUUAUGUACGGAGGAAUCUAAUGGCCAACAAUCCAGACGCUGAAGAAAUUGAACAGUUAAAACCUAAAAUUGAAAAAGCCAAUGCCAAACUGGCUCAGUUGAAAAAAACUCGUGAUGAACUUAAAACUUUAUUAGAAGAAGCAGAAAUUAAAUUUGGUGGUUUUGAUGAUAAUUACGAUAGUAGCAUUGCCAAUAAUAUCGUAAUUGACAAUAUUGUUGAAAGAAUUGAACAGUAUAGUAAAAAUAUUGAAGAUAAUGCUGUUUGUGAUAAAGAAGAAAUAUGGUUUAGUGAAGAUGAAGGUUCAGUAGAGAGUAAUAAAACUACAGAUAGCGAAUUAAUAUAAUAUUGUAAAUAAAUUUAAAUGUGUAAAAAAUCGGUUAAAAAAAAUGUUUUUUUUUAGUUAUUUUCAAAUAAAUAAAAAUAUUUUUGUAGUUACUACUAUAAAAAAAUCCAUCUAAUUUAUAAUUUUUAUCAUUCAAAUUUAACAAUUUGACAAUUAAAAUGUUGAUAAUACAAAAAAUAUUUUUUCGGAUAUAGAUACCAUUAUAUAAAAAAUAUCAUCUAAUUUGAAACAAUUCCUCUCGAAUUGUUUUGGUUCACUUUAAAUUCUAUUAACUUGGCAAAAUUUUAAAUUUGCACAAAACUAGUGUUUUUCUGACAUCAAUAUAAGCUGAACACAAUCUUGCUACUUCCCUAUUAAUACACUAUUGUAUAAUAUUGUUGUCGUUAUAAUGUUAUUGUCGACUUAAUUAAUAAUAUCUCUGAAA